AUGCCCGAGUAUACCCUUCAAGACGACCACUCCUUUGCCGGGGGAGUUCCUCCGACCCCAUUUCGUAUCCAUGAGUCGAUGAUCGACAAGUUGGAUCCGGAGUACGUGAAAUUUUUCAACUCCACCUUGAGUUCCAAUGCCAACAUUGUGUACACCCACCGAGUUCCCUUGGAGGAAUUGAGGAGCGCCGGCAAUGUUAUACCUGGUCAGACUCCAAUGAAUGAUAUGGCUAAAAUUUUUGACAUUGAAAUUCCUCGGAAACAUACCCAGGCUCCCAAGCCGAUUCCCGCGAGAGUAUUCGUUCCCCACGGUGAAGCGCCUGCUGAUGGGUGGCCGUUGGUGAUCUGGUACCAUGGUGGAGGAUGGGUUCUUGGCGGAAUAGGCACCGAAAACUCAUAUUGUACAAAAGUGGCCGACAAUGCCAAGAGUAUAGUUGUGUCGGUGGACUACCGAUUGGCUCCGCAAGAUCCAUAUCCAGCCGCCGUUCACGAUGCUUACGAGGCAUUGCUCUGGGGUUUUGAGAGCGGACCUACGGAGCUUGGCAUAGACAACACCAGGAUUUGCGUGGCUGGUUCGUCUGCUGGUGGAAACUUAACGGGAAUUGUUACUCACAAGUAUGUGAAUUCUGAAAUUUGCAAAGAAUUUCCACCGGUGAAAUUUCAUUAUAUGGUGGUUCCAGUCACCGAUAACACUGCCACGGCACAAACCAUGCCUUCGUGGGGCGAAAAUGAACAUACUCCACAACUUCCAGCGGAAAAAAUGCUCUGGUAUCGUCGCCUAUAUCUCCAGAAUGGAGAGCACGCUGAGCCAGAAUCGUCUCCAUUAUUUUACCCCGACGAAAGUUUUGCCAAGUUGCCUCCAUGCUUCAUAGCUUGCUGUGAAUGUGACGUUUUGCGUUCUGAAGCAGAAGCGUAUGCCGACAAAUUGAAAAAAAAUGGAGUCAAGACCUCCAUCGUGAUCUACCCAGGAAUGCCCCAUCCUGCCAUGGUUAUGGACGCCGUGAUGCCUCAGGGCCGUGAUUUGGUCAGGGAUACUACAUCUGCUGCUAGGGAAGCACUUUAUAGCUAG